AUGGCCUUCCUGUGGAUCGUCUCCUGCCUCGCCUUCGUCAGCGCCGCCUACGGCUGCGGUGUCCCCGAAAUCCCCCCCGAGGUGACCGGCUACGCCCGCAUCGUCAACGGAGAGGAGGCCGUGCCCCACUCCUGGCCCUGGCAGGUGUCUCUCCAGCAAUCCAACGGCUUCCACUUCUGCGGAGGUUCCCUCAUCAACGAGAACUGGGUCCUGACCGCCGCCCACUGCAACGUCAGAACUUACCACUACGUGAUUCUUGGAGAGCACGAUAAGGGCUACGGCUCCAACGAGGUCGUGCAGAAGAUCAAGCCCGCCAGAGUGUUCACUCACCCCAACUGGAACCCCCGCACCAUCAACAAUGACAUCACCCUGAUCAAGCUGUCCACCCCCGCGCGCAUGGGCAAGGCCGUGUCCCCCGUGUGCGUCGCUGAGUCCAGUGACGUCUACAACGCCGGCACGACCUGUGUGACCUCCGGAUGGGGCCUGACCCGCUACAACGCUCCCAGCACCCCCAACAAGCUGCAGCAGGCCGCUCUGCCUCUUCUGUCCAACGAUCAGUGCAAGAGACACUGGGGCAACCAAAUCAGCGACGUGAUGAUCUGCGCUGGAGGAGCUGGAGCCACCUCCUGCAUGGGUGACUCUGGUGGCCCUCUGGUCUGUGAGAAGGACAACGCCUGGACCCUGGUGGGUAUCGUGUCCUGGGGCAGCAGCAGAUGCUCCACCUCCACCCCCGCCGUCUACGCCCGCGUCACCAAGUUCAGUACCUGGGUGGACCAGACUAUGGGGGACGUAUGGCGGAGCGCUCCGAUUGGCCGAGAGCCGGGGGUCCCGGGUUUAAAAGGGGGUCCGGUCCGACAGCCGAGCAUCGUCACAAUGGCCUUCCUGUGGAUCGUCUCCUGCCUCGCCUUCGUCAGCGCCGCCUACGGCUGCGGUGUCCCCGAAAUCCCCCCCGAGGUGACCGGCUACGCCCGCAUCGUCAACGGAGAGGAGGCCGUGCCCCACUCCUGGCCCUGGCAGGUGUCUCUCCAGCAAUCCAACGGCUUCCACUUCUGCGGAGGUUCCCUCAUCAACGAGAACUGGGUCCUGACCGCCGCCCACUGCAACGUCAGAACUUACCACUACGUGAUUCUUGGAGAGCACGAUAAGGGCUACGGCUCCAACGAGGUCGUGCAGAAGAUCAAGCCCGCCAGAGUGUUCACUCACCCCAACUGGAACCCCCGCACCAUCAACAACGACAUCACCCUGAUCAAGCUGUCCACCCCCGCGCGCAUGGGCAAGACCGUGUCCCCCGUGUGUGUGGCCGAGUCCAGCGACGUCUACAACCCCGGCAUGACCUGCGUGACCUCCGGAUGGGGCCUGACCCGCUACAACGCUCCCAGCACCCCCAACAAGCUGCAGCAGGCCUCUCUGCCUCUUCUGUCCAACGAUCAGUGCAAGAGACACUGGGGCAACCAAAUCAGCGACGUGAUGAUCUGCGCUGGAGCCGCUGGAGCCUCCUCCUGCAUGGGUGACUCUGGUGGCCCUCUGGUCUGUGAGAAGGACAACGCCUGGACCCUGGUGGGUAUCGUGUCCUGGGGCAGCAGCAGAUGCUCCACCUCCACCCCCGGAGUUUACGCCCGCGUCACCAAGCUCAGGUCCUGGGUGGACCAGACUCUGGCCUCCAACUAA